AUGGCACCAACCUUGCUCAAGAAAGCCAGUCAACAAUUCGUCCGUCUUUCGUCCUGCGAUUCGAAGAAUAUAUUUGAAGCGUCUCCAGAAUCCGUGUUCAAUGUUGCAGACGGAUCGGAGGCGCAAACUUCGCGGAAGUUUCGCACUGGCGGUUCAAAAAGAUGGACACCUUUCCGGGGUGCUUUCAAGAACAUGAGAAAAAACGCACGCAGCCGUGCCGAAGUAUCCAAAGAUGCUCAUGAAUUCCCCGAGGACCAAGCCAAACCCCAUUUACUUUUCAGAUCUGUCCCAAGACUGGAACACGGAGCGAGAAGUCCAGAUGCAAAGGAAGUAGUAAUACGAGAGUUGGGGUUGCAUCCCACGGCUAUGGCAUCAAACUCUACUUUGGUGAUUCAAAACUCUCCGAAACGAGCACGAAGCUCUUUGCAGCUGGUCAAUCCUGCUCCUUCCAGUGGACUAAUCACUCCACCUUCUUCUGAGGCAAGCGAUACAGUCACAACCACCGAUGACAGGUCCACAGCGAAGACUUCGAUAGAAUCUUCUAUGCUACGGAACUGGGAAAUCAUGGAUAGACGAUACAAUAGGCGAAAUCCAUGGACCCGCUCAAGCCCUGAAGGCCGCGCUCUCAGUACUAUUCCCGAGGCCGGUGUUGUUCAGGCUCGGCCUACCAUUGCAACUGUAGAGAGGGCAUCCGCUGCCAAGAUUUUCCUUGAGACUUACUUCAAUGAGCUUCUCUAUAAACCAAAUGCAAGAGCGUUGCGGGGCCAGUGCCUCGAGUCUCAGUUGUGCAACUAUUUGUUAAUGACACCAGAGGAGAAGGAGAAGAUUCGAGUGCAAUAUAGAAGGCAGGAAACGUGCCAUCUCAGAGAGUCGAGGGCAAUGAGGGCAGGUUCCUUGGCUUAUCGUGAAAACCAGGACUCUUCCCCCUUAGUCAACAACUACGAGCCGCUUCAAAUUUUAGGCAAAGGCAGUUUCGGAGUAGUAAGACUUGUACGUGAAAAGCCUGCUCCAGGGCAUGCUUUCCCUGGGCAAGUUUAUGCUAUGAAAGUCAUUCGAAAGACAGAAAUGCUACGGAACAGCCAAGAAGGCCAUUUGCGAGCUGAGAGGGAUUUUCUUGUGGCUUCUGAAGGAUCACAGUGGGCUGUUCCACUGAUUGCCAGCUUUCAAGACACAACAAACCUCUACCUGGUGAUGGAGUACAUGCCGGGUGGCGAUUUUCUCGGAUUGCUCAUUCGGCAAAACAUUCUGCAGGAACCCAUUGCACAGUUUUACAUCGCAGAGAUGAUCCUUGCUGUUGAAGAGGCCCAUCGUUUGAACUUUAUUCACCGCGACAUAAAACCAGACAACUUCCUCAUUUCCGCGACUGGUCAUCUAAAAAUUUCCGACUUUGGGCUAGCAUUUAAUGAUCACUGGUCCCACGACGCAGCAUACUACAAUGCCCACCGAUAUUCCUUGGUCCGAAGACUGAAUAUGAACAUCAAUGGUGACGAGACGGAUCAAAAAGGCAGUAAGGAUCUCCUGAAACAUCUUGAGUGGUACCAGUCUCUUGUUUCUGGACUUGACAGGCAUGGGAAACAUCCAUUGGCGAGUAACGAGGACUUGCGAAGUCUUAUCGGUUGGAGAAACCGGCACGGUAACCGCACUGCUGCGCGUUCAGUUGUUGGCACCAGUCAAUAUAUGGCUCCUGAAGUUGUUCUUAGUCAGAAAUAUGACGGGAGGUGUGACUGGUAGAGCAUCGGCAUCAUCCUGUAUGAAUGCCUGUACGGGCAGACUCCCUUUCUAGCAGAAGAAGGACGCAAGCAGACGAAACAAAACAUCGUUGACUUCAAGAAGAACUUCCAGUUUCCACCCAGGCCAUUCGUAAGCGACAAGUGCAAAGAUCUCAUCUGCCGCCUGAUCCAAGAGAAGGAUAUUCGGCUGUGCUCAAGGAGGUAUCAGGUCAAAUACCGGGAUUCGUUCAAAAGCUAUGUGUUUCCCGAUGACGCGGAAGAUAUCAAAGCGCACAGGUGGUUCAGAAACACGCCCUGGGAUCGCCUGCAAUCAAUGCCUCCUCCAUUCACUCCGAAUCUGAAGGGCGAUGACGAUGCACACUAUUUUGAUGAAUCUGAACCAUUUGAAGACUGGUCUGAGUCGAUUCCCUCGGGUGUCUUUCUAAGAUCGGAAGAUGUCAAGGAGAUCCUUUUUGGAUUUGAUACCCAUGUGCAAGCAAAGGCUAUGGAGCUUAUCAAAAUUCCGUUCGACGCCGCCAAGCUUCGAAGUAUAGACCGGGAUAUUGAUGGAUCAAAGGAACUUCAGCCGAACGACAAGGCUACACUGAAGCAGUUUAUUAGAUUUUAUGGCCAUAAAGAGCGCAAACGACCAAGAGACAUGCUGCUCCGGGACAAGGAUACCAAAAGGACUUCAUUAAGAAUUCGAAAAGAGACGGCUUUCAUGGGCUAUACCUGGCGUCGGAUGAGACCCGGUGGAUAUAUCGAUCCGAAAGUAACGGAGACGCGGAAAAUGGACGAAAGCCAGGCUUCAACACAGAAUAUUGAGCGUUGAACAAAAAGCAAAGAGAAGAAGAGGAGGACGGUAUGAGAUACGAAGGUGUUCAGCCCUCAGAAGUAUUGUGAGUAGUAUUACGAAUAGACAUUAAGAGCUAGACCUUAUCGGCGUGUGUACCUUCAUCCUGAUACUCAUUUCAUCAUCCUCGCCCUAUGUAGAAACAUCAAAUCAUUACCAU